CUGGGGAGACCAGAUAUAGUGAAUGCAGGGUCAUGGGAGACCGGAUAUAGUGAAUGCAGGGUCCGGGGAGACCAGAUAUAGUGAAUGCAGGGUCUGGGGAGACCAGAUAUAGUGAAUGCAGGGGUCCGGAGAGACCAGAUAUAGUGAAUGCAGGGUCCGGGGAGACCAGAUAUAGUGAAUGCAGGGUCCGUGGAGACCAGAUAUAGUGAGUGCAGGGUCCAGGGAGAGCGGAUAUAGUGAAUGCAGGGUCCUGGGAGACCAGAUAUAGUGAAUGCAGGGUCCGG